GUGGACCGGGCGCCAAACGAAGGUAUUCCUCCCCCUCUCCUCUGUCUCGUUCUCUACCUCCUUUCCCCUCCUUUCUUUCUUCUUCAGUGGCCUCCAGGUCUGUCUCUUCUUCCUCCAAUUCCACAACCUCCACUUGAGCAACUCACCACACCUCAACAUGGUCGCCAUCAAGAUCGAGAGCCCUCAGGGCAGCCGUGAGAGCACUCCCAAGGUCAAGAAGGAAGACUUGCCGGCGAAGGCAUCUCCCUCCAACGUGGACUACAGCAAGUACAGGAUCAUCGAACGCGGCAUCAACUCCCAGGGCAAUCGCUGGGACACUCGCGAGUACAAGCUCAAAGACGGCUCGCUGGCCUACGGCUAUCACUACUCAAAUCAAGAUUCAUCGUAUUUCUAUUCGCACCCUGACGGCGCUACGUACUACAACAACGGAAAAGGUGGCGCGCGCUACACCAAAGCCGACGGAUCAGGCUGGGAAAAGCAGAUGUUCACGGCCCACGACAAGCCCGACAUGAUCAACAGGAUUGCCAGGGAGCGUCAAGCGCACACUCCUCCUUCGACAGCCGCGACCUACGGUGGUGGCUUGGACGACCUGAGCGAAGGGUUCCAGCGCAUGAGUGUUGCAGCUGAGGAGAGAAGCGGCCGUGCUGGUGAGCGUGCAUCAAGCGGCUCUCCCGCCACCCCUCUCACUUCUCACGGUACGGGGGCCAAUCGCUUGCGCCGCGAGGUCGACGAGCGCACUGGAUACACCAUCCCCGAGCAGCACGAUCGCUACGCUCACGUCGAAGAUGAUGUUGAGGGGUCGGACUUUGUGUACGUGAGGGCGGAUACCGGUGACGAGUACGGCCAUCAGGAGUACUAUGGGGACCAUGAUGACUGCGACGGGUACUACUACGAAUACUAGAAACACAGCACGGGCUGCUUCGGUGGAAAUGGGUACAGGAGUUUGAGGCAGAGCGUUUACAUGCUAGCGGAGCUUGAUUAGCCAUCCGGCGCAAGUAAUGUGGCCUUGAUUCUUUACCAAACGCUGGCCCGGCGGAUACGCUUUGUUUUACUCCACCCACCUGCCUGUUUUGGCGUGUCUCUCGAACAUGUAGUGCGAGCGCACACCCUCUCCUGCACCAUCG